AUGGACGAAGUGGAUCCAAACAUUGUGCUCGACAUUUCUGCUGCGUCAAAACCUGGAGCGGCAGUAGAAACCAACCAGUUAGCUGGACCUUCUUCGAAUACAAUCCUUUAUUCGGAACUUGAUAUCUCCACCAAUGACCAACAGAGCAGGAUCUUGGAGGAUGAUAUCUUCAAAUCACUUUUAUUCUUGGAGUUCCAGGAAGAGAUGAACGCUAUUGUGGUGAAGUAA